AUGCAUUGGAAAGUGCUGCUGUCAUUGCUUCUGCAUCUGUUCGUUCACGGCACUUUGGCUGGACCUAUUAUCUACGAGGCUGUCGAGGACGAUGUCACUGCUGUGGGCUCGUUCAUUCGCGAGGUACGCCAACCGGCGCCGCUGAAAGUUGCCACAGAAGUAGAGGACCUAAUGAGCGCCAGUAACGCACCCGAGUCACGAGACACUAAAAAACGCAUGAAAAAUGCAUCUGGCAAAUCAGACGAGGGCGGUUACUACAGAACCUACGGGAGCGAUGCGGAGGGCGAGAAGGGUUACUUGAAGGAAACCCACGGUAAAGGUGAUCAAGGCUACAAGACUCUCGACACCUUCCACAAACAGGACGGCGACAAGUACGAGUUCGAGACGCAAACCACCUACGGCAAGGGCUUGGCUGACGAUAACGAGCAGAAGGAGCGUCACAAGGAGAAGCGAAAUCGCGAUCACGAAAGCGCAGGUACCAUGGUCGAUACCGAUUACGUCGGUGGUGAAGGGGGAGGCCAAGACGAAGGAAGCGAAUAUUCACACUAUACCGGAAGCGACGAUGAUGAUCACUAUAGCGGCCACCACACGGAGAACGAGCCGGAAUCUACGAGUUACGGCCAUAGCGAAAAUUAUUCCUCCGGAGGUGACGACGAGGGUUCUUACGAGACGCACAGCUCCUACAGUUCCGACGGGGAAGGCGAAGAGGAGGAAGACCAUUAUUAGCUUUAUGGGUGUAUAUCACUCUGAUAUUCAUUACGAUCCCGAUAAAAGCGGCAUUGUCCUUUGUAGUUGUAACCGCGACCCGUUAUCGGUAUAAUAUCAACGGUUUAUCGCACGCAAAAACGCGUUGGUUAUCACCAAAGCUACCGGAAAUAUAGUCGCGCGCGUACGCGCGAAUUUAUUCUCGAGCGGUGAAAGCGCGAUAUGCGCGCACAUCGUUCAUGAUUAUUGUA